AUGGAGAAGGAGACGUUGCAUCGAGAUCUACAGCAAAGAGAAGACAGCAGGAUAGAAAUGCAACUCCGCAAAUGUAAAGCUGAAUUAGUUGAGAAAAAGGAGGAACUAGAAAAGCUGAAAGAGGAGAACUUGCAAAAAGAUAGAGAGCUCCUCCGACUGGAAAAUGAGUGCACCCUCAAACAAAUGGAAGUUAUCCGUUUGCAGAAAGCAUCUCAAACUGUUGUAGCAGAAAACCCGAAGGCAAAUGGAAAGCUGAAUGAAAUAAGAAGAAGGAAAGUUCAACUUGAAUUUGAAUUGGCUGAAGCGAAGGAGGAAUUAGAGACGACGGAGUUUGAAAAGAUAGGAGGCAAUCUUGGAACUCGAAAGCCUCCAAGAGGAGACCUUGGCCAAGGACACGAAGAUCAAAGGCUUGGAAAACCAAAGUCAAAAUACUUACAGGAGAAGAGGAGCGUCAAGGAAUGA